UCGAUAGUUUGCAAAUCAUAAUUGACCGUGUUACUUUGACCGCAAUUAUCAAUAUCACUACACUAAUCAUUAUCAAAGCAUUUUUUCGGAUGAGUAAUUACGGUAUUGAGCAAAUUUAUAUUAAAUGUGUUAAACCUCCAACAGUUUAAUUGAAAUGCAGCCGUCCGUUUGAAUAUUAACAAAGUUAGUAAGUAGAACAUUUUCAAUUUUCAGUAUUUGUCAGAUUGAGCCAGAAAAAUGAAAUUUUGGUUGAUAUUAGUUUGUUACACAUGGAUAUUUGCAGAAUGCCAUACGACGAAGAACCGUACGGCACUUUUUGAACAAAUCAAGAAAGGUAUAGAAGAAAUAAAGACUUUCAAUAAAGCGUCAGCCACCUUUGAGACUGCUAUUAAAGAGUAUAACAUUCCAAACAUAUUUACAUCAUCACCAGACAAUUUUGAUAAAGAAGAGGUAUGUUCGACAUGUCUCUCCAUUUCUGAUUUAUUCAUCCAAAAAAGACGAGAAGGUUUAAAGGACGUCGAUUUUCAUAAGCAACUUGUAUACUUUUGUAAUCUAAUCAGCGGCCAAAAAGAAAGAAUUUGUGAAGGUCUUAUAAAAUUAAAUGCGCCAAUAUUGCUUUAUGUUAUUGACAAUACGCCAGAAUUAACUGGACAAGACAUUUGUGGCAUAUCUUUACAAGACUAUGGUUGUAAUGGAUCUAAACGACUUGAAUGGAGUAUUGAUAUACCACCAAAAACCAAUAUUAAACAAAAUGAGACACCAGCAACUGAAAAUACAACAUCAUUCAACAUCCUUCAUAUCUCGGAUAUCCACUAUGAUCCGAGGUAUACCACUAACAAAACCACCAAAUGUGGAGAACCAAUUUGCUGUCAAGAUGACCAAGCGGAUGGUACAACGGAAAAGGAUACUUGUGGGUAUUGGGGUAGUUAUACAAAUUCAGAUAUACCGUGGAGGACUGCAAUCAAUGCUUUAGAACAAACUAAGUUGCACAAAUACGAUUAUGUGUACUUCACUGGAGAUAUUGUUGCUCACAGAAUAUGGAAUACAAGCUUGGAAGAAAACACUAGAGUUAUAUCUCAAGUAUUAGAUACGUUUGCUGAUAUUUACAAUGUCCCUGUUUUUCUAGUGUUUGGUAAUCAUGAAGCGCAUCCUUCCAAUUUAUAUUCAGAAGUUCAAGAUCCUUUGUACUCAAGUCGAUGGAUGUAUGAUAUACUUUUUCAAAAGAUGUCAAAGUGGAUACCACUGGAUGAAGUUAAAGACACGCUUCUAAAAGGUGGUUUUUACACGGUGUCUCCAAGAAAAGGAUUUAGAGUUGUUGUAUUGAACAACAAUAUUUGUAAUAUUAAUAAUUGGUGGCUCUACAAUAAUCCACAAGAUCCAUACGAUCAAUUAAAAUGGUUAGUAAAAGUAUUAUUCGAAGCAGAAAAAAAUAGUGAAAAAGUACACAUUCUAUAUCACAUGGUACCUGGACAAAGUGAUUAUUACAAAGUAUGGGCUAGAGAAUACAAAAGAAUAAUAGAAAGAUUUUCCGACACGAUAACUGCCCAGUUUAACGGACAUUCCCACAAAGAUGAAUUCUACGUUUAUUAUAAUACCACAAAUCAGUCUCAAGCUCUCAGUGUCCUGUGGAACGGAGCUUCCAUUGUAACCAAACAAAAAGUCAACCCGAGCUACAAAAUAUUUUCAGUCAACGAUGCCACUUUUGAAUUACUGGAUUUCGAGGAAUGGACAUAUAACCUUACGUUAGCUAACUUAGAUGAAAAUGAGCCUGUAUGGUAUAAAUUAUAUUCGUUUAAAGAAACAUAUGGCGUGAAAAGUCUAGCAACUGAUGAGAUAAAUAACCUUAUUUUAAGGAUGGCUGAGAAUCCCGAUCUUAUUAAACAGUAUUAUAAAUACAAAUUCCGCGGAAGCGAUAUUUCCAUUGAAGAUGAAUGUGGUAAAACGUGCCAAAAAAAUUUAUUGUGUUCAAUGGUCACUACUCAAUAUGCAGAUGAUGGCGUAUGCAAAAAAUUAUUGAAGUUGUUUAAAAAGUCAAGAAAACUUAAAGGUCCUCGUCGAAUGAGUCUUUUACUAAACUAAAAAAUUAAAUUUUUUUGUGAUUAUCGUAUUUAUUUUAACAUAUUAUUAAAUUUUUUAUUCAAA